AUGAUAUCCAGAGAAAACCUAGUUUUCAAAUUGGGCGGCUCAACAAAGAGUGAAUUGAAUCACGCGUUGUUAUGGAGUGCUGUGGAAGGAAAAUGGGAUUUGUUUGAAGGUCUGUUAAUUUUGGGAGCAGAUAUCGAUUAUUUUGACCCAAACUACGGAUUGUCUGCUUUACAUCUGUCUGCCUUCAUUGGUUCCGUUGAAGCUACACAUUUCUUGAUAAAACGUGUGAACAACAUUAACGUAGUAAACAAAUGGUACAACCCGUUACAUUGUGCUACCACCGCAGGACAAGUAGAAACCGCUAAACUUUUGCUAGAUAAUGGAGCUAAAUUGAACUCAUUAGCUAACGGACCCAGCUAUGAAACUCCUCUAUACAUUGCUGUCGAAAAGAACGCUAUAAACUGCGUAGAACUUUUUGUUGAUAGAGGUGCUGAAAUUUAUCAGGAGGGCAAGCUAGCAGACAUGUCUCCAUUUUUUCGAGCUGCUCAAUUAGGGCAUUGGGAAUGUCUGGAAAUUAUGCUAAAAUCUAAGACGGUUAAUUGUCGAGAAAUUCGAAAAAUCGAAAACGGAAAUUUUGCCUUGCAUAUAUCAGCCGAAUGCGGACAUCCAGAAUGUGUAGAAGUGUUGUUAAAUGCCGGGGUAAACCCAAAUUUAACCAAUCUCAGCCACAAAGACUUUUUUUGUGUAGACUGUGUUAUUUGCGUGCAAACAGUAGUUUUAACUAACAUAAUAUAUUUUAGAUUUCAAACGGCUUUGCAUUUGGCUGUGAAAACAAAUUCGUAUUCGUGCGUAGAACUACUGCUUAAUAAGGGAAAUGUUGAUCCAAAUUUGAAGGAUAUCAAUGAGAAAACACCGUUGCAUAGUGCUGUUGAAUUAGUGGCUGAUAGCAGAAGAGAUAUCGUCAAUAUUUUGUUAAGAUACGGUGCAGAUGUCAAUGCCACCGAUCAGCACGGUUUUACACCUCUACAUACAGCCGCACUUAACGAACUUUCCCAAACUGUUUCAAUCCUGAUCAGUCACGGUGCCGACAUCUCACUCAAGUCCAAAUCGGGCAUCAGCGCAUUCGGUUUAGUAGCCAGAAAGACACCUUCUGCAUUCUCAGCUCUCAGAGACAAGUUAGCUCAACACGUCACAUUGUCUCACGAUCCUGAGUCCCUUAACGACGUUGAGAUUCAGUUCGAUUUCAAGUCUGGACUUCUGCAUCCCAGGGAAUACGCUUUAUUAAACACUUUCAUCGAUGAAGGACAUAAGGAAAUGCUACUACACCCAUUCUGUUCAGCGUUUUUGUAUGUCACCUGGUGCAGAAUCGGCAGAUGUUAUUACGGCAUGAUCUACGUCUCGUUGAUCUUUAGUUUAUGCUUGCUCUUCUACCUGUUAACAGCGCUUGCUUACGAUUGCGUCGAAAAAGAGUCAGAAUCUUGCAGAAAUGACUCGUUUUUAAACAGGUUUCUUGUAGAAAGUCCUUACACGCUUGAAAUUCAGUGGUAUGUUCUCUUAUUCUCGUCACUCGGAUUGGCUUACAGGAAAAUCUAUGGGUUUCGAGGAUAUCCUUCGGUAAAAGACUACCUAAACAACAUAGGAAAUGUUUUCGAAUGGAUCGGCAUUAUCAGUGUAUUUCCUCUUAGUUUUCUUUAUACCGGAAAAGUGGAACAAUGGCAAAUACAUUUAGGUCCGUUUGCUUUGAUGUUUGCCUGGACGAAUGUAAUGUUUUUAAUAGGUCAAUUACCGAUAUUUGGACCAUAUGUCGAAAUGUUUCAUAAAGUUCUUAACGAGUUUUUUAAAUUACUGUUGGUCUUUACAUCACUCCUCGUAGGUUAUACUGUUAGUUUCUGUAUAUAUUUUCCUAAUUCUGCAGCUUUCUCUAAUCCAAUCACCGGUUUCAUCACAGUCCUCGUUAUGAUGACGGGCGAUAUGAAUAUAAGUCUUUUGCUGGACUACGACAAAGAACAAAAUUCUUCAUUUUUUUCUCAAUUGGGCGCUAGAGUUAUGUACACAUUUUUCUUAGUAUUCGUAACGAUAGUCUUGAUGAAUCUUUUGGUGGGUAUUGCAGUCCAUGACAUCCAGGGCUUACAAAAGAACGCUGAUCUUUCCAGAUUAGUAAGACAAGCCCAACUGUCCUCUUAUAUUGAGAUGUCGCAUUACGAACGAAGUGAAAUAGCAAAAUGUGUGAUGACGAUGCUAAGGGUCGUUCCCAAGCCCUAUAUCGGUAUUUUGAAAGUAAAACCUCUCGAUCCUACUGAAAAUAGAUUGCCCAAAGUGAUAUUGCAAGGUGCUUAUGAACUGAUAAAAAAGAGACAAAAGAUGGAGGUUUUCAGUCGAAGUUUGAGUGAUGGAGCCGCGUGGAAAAAAGCCUUUAGGAAAACUGAUCAGAAUUUGAAAUCGCGAUCAUCGUUGAAUAAAAUAUGUAGUAAAUUGGAAAAUCAUUUCGGUCGUGUGGAUAAGUUGCAAAAAGACAUGGACGAUCUUAGGAAUCUACUUAAAUCUAUAUAUUUAGAUAAGAAAUGAAACUAAAGGUUUGUCAAACAACUCAGUGAUGAUUUCGACUGUAUCAAAAAUGACAGAAAAUACAAUUUAUCUGCGAAUUAAAAUAACUGACGGA